AUGGCCCAAGCUAUAACGCUCUCCAGCGCGCUCAAUGAUCUAUCAACUGCGCGCACUAGGGGAUAUAGAGACUCGAAUGAGAUUGUUCGCAAAGGCCUCUUCGUGCUGGAGCAAAAGAAUGGGCUUCAACAACUCGGCGACAACGUAUGGGAUUUUCUGGAGCAACUCGCGAUAGCUGCUCUCGACAUUGGCCAGCUCGACCUGGCGGAUGACUGCAUACAUCGACUAGACGAACAGUUUCCAAAGUCUAUGAGAGUAGAAAAGCUUCGUGGAAUGCGCAUAGAAGCCCAGGACCUGGGACUUGCGCUCCAGUUUUACGAACAAGCCUUGGAGAAGGACGAAGCCAACGUCGACUUAUGGAAGCGCCUAAUUUCGGUCCUGCGACAGCAAAACAAGAUUGAACGAUGCAUCGCGGAGCUGGAUUCUUUCCUGGACACAUUCUACUCGGACAUCGAGGGAUGGUUAGAAUUGGCUGAUAUUUAUGCCAGCCAAAACCUGUAUACAAGAUCUCAGCAAGCCCUUUCGCAUGUUCUUCUUCUCGCACCUCAGAAUCCGUUCCAUGCCCUUCGCUUUGCAGAGACAGCAUACAGCGCGAACGACGUACCACUUGCACUUCGCUACUUCUUGCGUACAAUCGAGCUCACCACGGACGAUGAAUCUGGCGCCUCAAGUGUAGGAGUCGCUAGGAGAGCAUGGUUUGGUGUGCGUCUAUGCACGAAACAUCUCUUGUCGAAUCCAGGAGCAGUCUCAGAGUCGAAUACCCCUCCGAUGAAGAAGGAGAAUCUUGAGUCUCUUGACAUACUCGCAGCGGAGCGGUUGACCGCUGCAUAUUCUUCGACGCAGGCCAAGACAUCAGUCCCUGGCAGGACCGAGGUGCUCAAGUGGCUUAGCAGUUGA